GAACCCAAAGUACGCAUGCGCGGGCGCCAAUUUUAAAAUAUGGCUGAAUCGAACGAAACGUCUUCCAAAGUUACUUGUCGCAGUCGUCGUGCUGUUGAACAGAUAAUCUCAGCUGUUUGCAGUGAAAUCAAGAAAACGCUCUCAAAAAAUUCUGAACGGAUAGACGAACACUGUAUUCGUUACAUACAGAAAUUCAGAGAGACAUUUACUGCCAUACUGAGAGAAAAUAUCCUUGUGAAUGGAGAGCUGCGUGACCAGUCUCCUUUAGAUAUCACACCAGAAUUUGACCCAGUGGACAAUGAGAAGGAAAAGAAAAUUAAUGAGGAACUGUUGCCUCAGCUAGAUCUCUGCAUUGUUGACAUUGCUAGGAAACGAAAACAGCUGCCACCAGUCUGCAAGAAGGCAGUUACAGAUUAUGCCAAUCAUCAAGCAGUAUAUCUGACAAAAGUCAAGCCACAAGUACAGAAUGACAGCUUUGGAUCUGUGGUCAAUGAAAUCAAGCAAGCAGCCAGCUUAAUUACCUGUGAACAUCUUAAAGCAACCAGUGCUACACUUGCUUCGCUUGUAAAGGCAUCUUCAGAGGAGUAUGAACAAGUGGUACAUUUAACCAAAGCUGUGGAAAUUGAGGAAAUCAACAGGAACUGUAAAACCAAUCCUUCUGUUCUAAUAGAAUUCCCUUUCAGCAGCAUAGAUAAAGCACUUCAUUCUCCAGCCAAGAAAAGAUGCACAGAUUCAUUGUCAUUACCUCAGACUGUGCCAGUUAAGUACAAACAUCAUGCUGAUGCUACACUGAGAAUGGACUUUGUUGUGCAACCAACAGACACUCUAGACUAGGAAGAUCAGGACAGGCUGACUUUUUAACAAAGGUGUGCAAGUAAGAGCUCGUUUGCAGUGCAUGACUUAAUAGAUAUUAUAUGUAUAGUGCAUUUCCUUAUAUGAGGCAUUGAUAUGGUUCAAAAAUCUUCGUUAGUAUACUUGCCUAAUUAUUACAUAUUUUGUGCCUACACUCCUACCCACCCAAACCAUUCUUUAAGGUUGAAAAUGAGAUUGAAAUUUAAGACUUCCAUGGAAAUGUUGCGAUUCCAACAUCAUGUAAUAUGAUGCGCUCUUUCACCUUGCUCUGACUUUUUUUUUUAAUGCCACACAUUUUGUUCACAGGCCAUCUAUUUUACUUUCUUUUCUUGAAACCUGUUUUAAGCCCUAAAGCCAGUGUAACAAGUUUUAUCAGCAACAUGCUAAUUUGUCUUUUAAAGCAAUAUAGUAAGUGUAAGAUGAAAUUGACUGCUAGGGUGCAACUUUAUUUCUUCAUGUGACUGGGCACAAAAAACUUGAAAGCUAGGGAAACUGCACAAAUCCCACCCCCACCUCUAUCUCCCCGAUCAUCAUCCCCCAAUCCCGACAUAAAAGCAAAAAAAAAAAAAAAACAUAACCACGCACAGAGACAGUCAAAAACAUGACUUCGGGAAUGUGCUACAGCUAGUCUGAAAGCUGGGACUAUUAGCAGCAUCUGUAGACACUAGUGACCUUAUGACCUUGCUGAUUUGACCUGUUAUCGGUGCACUGAGAUGCUUGCAAACUCGGUGUCUUGAGAACAAAACAGGAUUAUUUAAACUUAAGAGAAAUAGUAUUUUUUAUGGAGCUCAACCCAGUGAUUUAAAUCAUGUUGUGCACUUUAUAAAUCUUUUGAGCUAACUCAUUUAACCCAGUCCAUUUUGAUUUUGCUUGUGCCAUAUUGUUAUGAAAGAUUGUGUGUAUAUGUGUUUUACAAUGGUGACACCCAUUUAACACUGUACAGCUUUUUAACAGCUAUCACUUCUGUGGUAGGACAUGUUUCUGUGUGGAUUUAAUGCAUGUAUUUGUCAUGACCUAAUUCAAAGUAUCCUUGAAACAUGGUGUUCAUUGUUGUCACUAGUAUAAAAUAAAAAUUCUCUUUGUGCUUUUAACAGCUGGUAUACCUUUAUGUACAGACUGAAAAUUUCAGAUCUACAGCAGUUAUUAAAAUGUAAUGUUACAGGUUUAUUGUUUAACUGUCUUACAUUUUGUAAUUUUUACAUAUUUGUAGUGUUCAUAAAAUAGUCAGAUGUACAAACUUAAAAUGUUUAAGAUUUUGUGUAAAAUACUAGAACUCAGUUCUACCAUUUUUAUUCAGUAAUGAUGAUUUAUGAUGAACAUACCUCUUUUUGUUAAAAAAAAAAAAGCUUGUGGUAUUUCCAAAGACAAAACUCUUAUAUAACUGUGGCUGUUUGACAUAAAACAUCUAACAUACAUUCCAAAGUAGCCAAACUGACAAAAAUGCACUAAGCAUUCCCUAUCACCACAUCUCUGACCUCUGACAUAAGCAGAAUUAAGCCUAGAUAAUGACGUUUUUAGAGAUAUGUACAAUUCUUUAUCAGGUAAAGUCAUCUUCAGCUUUCUCUAUAUAAUAGCAUGUUGCCACUCCUAGAAAAACUUACACAAAUGAAACAGAUGAACAAACAUUAUUAUAAUAAUUUAUGCUUUCUGAGAAAUAAUGGCAAAUGGUACAGUUAUGGUAAACUUGAAAACAUAAACUUGGUAACAAACGUAAGCUUAGCUCAGGGUUACUGGUAGUUUUGCAAAGUAAGCUAACCAAGCAAGGGUCAAAUAGAUGCAUUUUAAAGUCGCUGCCUUUUUCAAGCCCACACUUUGGUUCAAUUUGUGUUUUUGAUUUAGAAAGGAAAACAACAAUUAAAUAUACAAACCAGACAAGUUUGGAUUCUUGCAUGCAUGCAGAGAUGAAGAAAAGAAGGUAUCUUAAAAAAAUUUUGUGAAGGCAUGGUACAGUACUGUGGUAAGAUGGCUUAGUGGUUAUUUAAUCUUAAACAUUCCUUAAUGAAAAGGAUUGGUUGUUUCUUACUAAAAUCCCAUGUCAUACAGUAAUUUUGAGGAUUUAAAAGAUAAACAUUUUGAAAUACUAUGAAAAUGUGAAUGUUGAUUCUAUCCUAGAAUAGAAAGCCAUUUCAAAAUUUUGUCGUCAGUGAUAUAGAUGCUAUUUUAUAGCAAUAAUAAAUAGUAAUAUGCAUAAUACUAAUGCAUCAUACAAACAGCCAAAACAGUGUACCUCAACAAAGUGACAGUGAGACAGAGAGGGACACAUGGUUUCAUGAUUAAAAAGAAAUCUUUGCUAUCUAUUGCAUGCAAACAGAAAGCCAUUCUAAAAUCGGAAGAGCAUACUCGUGACUGGCAGAGUUCUAUGUACACAGAUCCCUGAAAAUGUUUCUUGCAACAGAGAAUUGCACAGGCAGAAAGAUGAAAUGAUCACUGAUCUGAAUGCCACAAGUCAUUUUAUGCCAUUCGUGACCUCAAACAAAUUAACUGCUUUUAGUAUUCAGAUGGGCAAAGUAUAUGCAUAGCUAUUUUCCCCAUCUGCCGAAGGUUUUGCAAAUGACUUAGUUGCAUCAAAGGUGUUCUUUCAACUUUUCUAACUAGUUUACAUUAGAACAUUCGGGCACACACCGUCAUUACUACUAAGGUACCGGCGCACACACGCCUUCCCGCUGGUGGGAAGUAUGCGAUCGCCAAAAAAUCGCUCGUUUUCAAUUCAAAAUAUUUUACGGACUCUCAGGAACAGAAAUAUCAUUUUUAAUCCA